UUCGCCGACGACUCCAUCCAUCAAAGGAUGAGCGGGAACUUGAAUCAGUCGCUCAAUCAGUCAUCCGGCAUAACGAUUGAGCUUCGCGCCGUGCCCGAACCGGAACGAAGUCAAAUCCAACGGAUAGCUCAGCGGAUUUACGGCGACAAGACGCAAGCGAACGCAGCACCCGCAAACUUGAGGGCUGAAGACAUUGACAAGAUAGUCCUGGAUAUAAACACGCAAAUCGAAACGAUAAAUGCAAGAUUGAAAGGGAACGCAUGGUCGGAAGCGUACAACGUGUUGGUUACCAUGAGGGAUGUAGUUCAGAACUUCUCCGCUGCUGCGAGCAUGCGCAGAGCUUCACAGAGCCAAUACGACACGGCGUGGCCUGGAACUAGAUGGAGAUGA